AUCCUCGGGCUACCAGGAAUUGCAAGUUCAUAACUAUUGCGGUUAUAUAAGUUGUAUUACUUCAAACUUAAAUACAAACUACUACAACGUACAUGCUAGUCAAUAUUUUGUGAGACAAUUCUGGGCAGUUGAAAUUCUUGCUUUGGUUAUUUGAGAAUGUUCUCAUGUUUAACACUGUUGUUUCUACUACAGUGAAGUCAAAAAUUCGUCUUGUGAUGUUUGCAAUGCAGACAUCAAGUAGUGAUUCACCAUAUUACUGGAGACUAGAUUAAAUAUCAACAAGGCUGAAAUGAUCAUCGAUUCUAUCGUCGUAGUUAUAUGUGUCAUAGGGUUAAGUUCGGCCAUAGCGCAAUACCCUCAAUCGCCAUGCCCGAAUAUAUUUUCCUAUCGAAAAGAUCAAAUAAAAAACCAAAUUUACGGCCAUAUUCAAAUAAGGAAUCUAGAAGCAGAACAAUUAGUGAAACUCAACGUAGAUCUUGCCAUUGGAGCACGGCCGCCGUUGAACAAUAUUGGAUCCAUUACAUUGGUGAAAUCCCGCGCAGAUUCGUACGUCGAUAUAAUACGAGGUUUACCCGCUCAAUAUCGAAUAAAUUUUCCCAUGCAGAAUCCGUUGCCGCAAAUACUAUCCAUUGUGCUCAACGGACAAACGAUCUGCACUGGUCGGGCUGGACAUGGCCGCAACAUACGAGCACUUUGUUGGAAGCAUACGUGGUAUACGCAAUUAUUAUCACAAAAUAUGGCGAAAAAUGAUGAAACGUCAGUGCCUCCAGCAAUUCGCCCUCAGCCAAGGACACCCAACGCAAUUGCGCUCCAACCGAAUAAUAAUCUGUUGGGUCGAGGAUACGUAAAACAAACUUCAAUUUCACCACCGACAUCUCAGAAAGGCUAUACAUGUGGUAAACCGUCAGCAGCUAUUUUGAACCGACUAUCCAUCAAUGGCCACUUGGUGAUCAAAGGCCAAUUUCCCUGGAUCGUGCCGCUGUUUGAUCGCAUGCAGCCGCAAAACCCGAAGUACAUCUGUGGAAGUACUAUCAUCACUAAGAAAUAUCUCGUCACUGCGGCUCACUGUGUAUACGGGAUUGAUGACUUCAUGCCAGCGGAGCGAAUCCUAGCCGUUCCCGGGAUGUACAACACUGACAACUUCUUAGAAGAGAACGCAGAAUUUGUUACUAUUGAGAAGGUGAUACCACACCACGAGUAUGUGUACGAUGAUGACGGAACCGAUGCGGAUUUGGCCGUGCUUCGUUUGGAGGAAUCGUUAGAAUACAGCGACUAUAUUAUACCGAUUUGUUUGUGGCGAGGUGAUAAUGACCUGUUCAAAAUCGUUGGUCAAGAAGGUAUCGUUGCUGGCUGGGGAUAUACCGAGCAGGGUCCAUCCACGGUUCCUACGUACAUUCGAACCACAAUUAUGGACCGACAGCAGUGCAACGAAAAUUGGUCCCGGAUGUAUACCAGCACAGCACGGAUUUUCUGUGGCGAUGGUCAUGGAUCGGUACCUUGCAACGGAGAUUCUGGAAGCGGAUUGGUAAUGAAGCGAGGAAACCAGUUCUACUUGCGAGGUGUAGUUUCCCGGGGUAAAGUCGAUAAAAUAACGCUCAAGUGUGAUGCUACAAAGUAUGCAGUCUAUACGGACAUUGCACCGUUCCGGUUUUGGAUGAAAAGUGUGAUGAGCUAGAGAAAGAAAUGCAUGUCUGGUGUCAAGUGGACAAAUGAGAGAAUGUAAUUGUUACAAUUCAUAUCGACAAUGUUGACGAUCAAUUGUUUUGUUAUUC